AUGGCACAGGACUUUCGCGAGAUGCUGGAGGCUCUGGGGGAGACUGGACGUGAUGUGGAGGCGCGAGGUUGGAAGCUGCCGAGCGCCGGCAUCUUGAUUGACAACGGGCCGACCCUGAGAUGGGAAUCCGGCCACUUCAAAGCGUGCCCAGCUGCGACCGUGGAGCAGUGCCAGGUCGUGCUGAGGUGCCCGGAUGAAAGGACCUUCGUCGACCAGUGUCGGAAAGGGGCCGAGAGCCCGAUCAAGACGUUGCUCUUUGGUAAUUUGGACCUCCGGGGAAGCCGCCAUUUGCUGUCCUUGGCUUUACAAGUCCUUCCAGGAGCUUCAGGAUCUGAAGAAGGGGAGGAAGGACAAAGAGAGGGCGCCAGGGACUGCUCUUGGGACUUCCGGAAGCUCCAAGACUUCAAGCCAUCUGCCACGCAGCUUUGUGUUGUUGGUCUCAGUGCUGCCGCCGCUCUCGCUGUCGGUGGAGUCUGGGCUUAUGCUGCGGCCUCCUCUCUCAAAAUGUCUGCAACGGGUUUUGCCGUGCUGCCAUUUGUUGGUCCCGAAGAAGACGAAGGCCCACCUGACGAGGUCGCAGCCGAGGAAGAAAGGGUUUGGAUGGGAUACGGCGAUCUCGCAUGGCAUCGAGGGCCGCGGCGUGUGCCCGUCCGGCCACUGCGCCGCUGCACCUGGCAUUGGGACAGGCAUAGCAGCUGGGCACGGCCGGCGAGCCUGGAGGAGCUCCGGCGAUGCCUCGCUCACAAGACCUGGGCUGUACGCCGGCAGGCGUUGCGGCGAUCUCCCCGCUACCGUUUAAGGCAGCAGAGGUGGACACCGCUGCUUGUGGCUGUGAGUCCUCGCAAGGACAAGCUUCAGCGAGCGCCGGCAGUGUUGGCACUGUCCAGUCGGAAGGCGAAUGGGACAGCCGCUUUGGCCAACUUUCGGAGGUCUCUGAUUGGCGAAGGCUGGUCCGAGCUGGCGCGGGCCUUCGUUCAGGGUCCCGAGACCUUGGCAGGCAGCCACUUGGGUCGCCACCGCCGGUCGUGGACACUGCUCUUGCGCAGCGGAGGUCCCUUGUCCGAGAUGAGUGCGGGGACCCAGGGCAGUUUCGGUGCACUCUUGACAAUGCUGGGCUCGGCUAAGGAUUGGUUGGGCUUUGACUGGCUCGGCUUCAAGGAGGACAAAUCUCCAGUAGUGCAAAUGUCAGUCACGGUCACGCAGAGAGUCAUUUUGGUAUGUCGUCAAGUUUUCCCGAUGUGGGUCCAAAGUCGAGUCCGGCCUUUUCUUCGUUCCUACGUGUGCAUUAUGGAUGCAGAUGGGAGCGUCAGAAAGCAAGGGAAGUGUAAUUUCAAGAAGCCCCAGAUCUCGACUCAGUGUCUGCCGGAGAGCUUCGAUGACUACCUUGCCCACGAGGUGCCUUGCUUUGUCCGGCCAACGCCCGGCCACAACUGGAGCCCUUCCGACACUUUGAGCCAUGCCCUUCGAGUCUUGCUGCCGGCACUGCGCUGGAUGGACUUGCUAGAUAGUGGAUGGCCUUUCUUCCGCCUGGUUGCCCGCAUAUCGGCGCAGGUCUGCGAGCAGAAGCUGGGUAGGUGUCCUGCGACUUGCGACACGGAGGACAUGAAGGUGCUCGCCGAGACCUUGGAGGAGAAGAUGUUCGAAGGUCCGCGCGAACAGGGGCCCAGAGACCGAAGCGACCUACUCGAGGCGGCUCGCGCUGUGUGGAGAAGCGAUGCGAAGGAGGUGCAGGAUAGCCUUGGCCGCUGUGGGGAAGUGGCCCUGGCGGAGGCGGCCGCGGUUCGCGCGGCGACCUACGCCCACACGGAGAGCCUCCAGGAUGUCCUCACGGGCAUUCAGCUCACUGAGCUGGUAGUCGGAGAUCUUGCCCGGCGAACACCCUGCGCAUUGACGGAGCUUUCUCGCAACCCAGAUUUCUGGAAGAGCAUGGGCUUUGUGGAGACAUGGCUGGGUGGUCACGUGCGCUACAAGCACCGCCCAGCCUGCAAGCUGCACUUCUGCCCGGAUGGCAGCCCCAGUAUGCGCUCAUGCCGCUGCGAAACAUCCGCAGCUCCGCCAAGUGCAAACCCUGCGGAUCCGCGCUCCGUGUGCCUGAUCACCGGAGAUCCGGGGGAUGAUCGGCCGCUGGAGUCGGACCUCUCCCUCCUGGUGGGGACUCAUCCAGAGCCGCCGAACUUCUGGAGCCUCACGUACCACCUGAAUCGUCUCUACGCCCUGCGUCACGGCUACCGUUUUAGCCGCGUGGAAGUAAGCAACGAUGAGAUGGAGCGCAUGCGGGCUGACGGCGUGCUGCCGGAGCGCAAAGUACAGUGGCUGAUCGUCCGGUUGAUCUCGACGAGGCUGCAGGACAGGAGCUGCGAGCUGGUGGCCUGGAUGGACAGCGACGCCUUCAUCGUCUCCUCCGAGCCCCUGGAGGAGCUGCUGGAAGGCCAGGGCUUCCCGGCAAACCACUCAAGACCGCCGUUCUUCUUCUUCGCCUCGACUUCGGCGACCAAGGAAAUCGGCAAGCUGUCCAUCAAAAGAAUCAAUAUCUCCGACCACUUCAUGGUCGUGCGCAACGGUCCAGUGUCACGAAAGAUGAUGCAGGAGUGGUGGCGGCUGCCGCUGCAACACUCGGACUUGUCACGCUUUCGCAGUGAGCUUUUUCUAGAGCAGACGGUGAUGAACGAAUAUUUUCCGCGGCAUCCAAAGUUGAUGGCCAAGGUCCCCUCCAUCGAGCUGUUUGAAGGCUUCGGAGGCCUCUUCGUCAGGCACAUGGGAGGCAUCAAAGACAUGCUGUACCGGAUCACCUUGAGGGACGCCCUCGUCGCCCGCGUGCUGUCGCCUCUGACGGCACCCGGCUCCGGCUGGGCCCAAGCGCUGCGGCAGGACCCCGUGGCCAGGCAGCUGCUUCAGUUGGCGGUGGAUGCCGGAUGGUGCAGCCGGUACGACUGCAAUGACGAAAGCUGA